AUGGAUUCCAACCAGCAUGUGUUUGCUUGUGGGAAGGUUCAUUGCGUCCAAUCCUCCUCACUCCACUCGUCCAUCGCACGAGGGUUCAACCCCACCGACAGCCGCACCUCAGAUGCGGUUUUCAAAAAAUGUUCUGAGCUAUUGGUGUCACUGAAGAAAGAAUUGAGAAAUGCAGACGAUAUCUGUUUGAAGUACCUAUUCGAUCUCUUCUGCCAAUGUGUGCUACUGACAUCUAGCAACAUCCAGAUAUCUCAAAAAAUUAUCCAGAUUGUUGGUCUGAUAUCUCGAUCACAAAACAACAAAAUUAGUAACAAUAGUAUCAAUAAUAUUAAUAAUAAUAAUGAUAAAGGUUAUUGUGGUGAUUAUGAUGUUACGUGCAAAGAUGGUUUCAACAGGGUUUGGGAUUCUAUGGGGAAAAUUUUUGAUGAAAAAAAUGAAAAAUUGGACAAAGAUGACUUCUAUAAUCUGAGAUUGUGUUAG